AACCGACUAUUACCGUUACUGUUCUGCCGCUCAAUUCAUAUGAAAUAACCGAAUCCCUCACUUUAUUUAUAACACAUACACAAUAUUUGUAUGGUGUUUAAUGGUGAUUUAAAUUUAGAGCAAAAUAUUUCUGAGAGUAUUUUUUAAUUAAUACUCAUAAUUAUAUUACCUUUACUGAAUUAAAAUGCAGAGGGCAUUUCCAUCGGAAUUAUAGGUUAUCGGAGUGUGUGUAUCCUUAAAAAUUUUCGCGUAGUGCGAACAAAUUUUGUAUUUUCUCGUGUAGCUACAAUACUUUAAAAAUGGGUGACGAAAGGGUGAAAAUGCGUAAACAGUUGGGCUUGUUAGAGGGAGUGGCGAUAAUUCUGGGAAUAAUAUUCGGUAGUGGUAUUUUUAUUUCCCCUAAGGAAGUUAUAGAAAAAACUGGUUCAGUUUGGGGAGCUUUAUCAGUGUGGGCAAUAUGUGGUGUCCUGGCUACUCUUGGUGCUUUAUCGUAUGCUGAAUUGGGUACAACAUUAGCACAGAGUGGUGGUGACUAUCACUACAUAAAUGAAGCCUAUGGACCUCUGCCAGCAUUUCUGUAUUUGUGGGAUGCCAACCUUGUAUUUGUACCGAGUACGAAUGCAAUUAUGGCGCUGACUUUUGCUAACAAUAUAUUGGAGCCAAUAUUUCCGAAUUGUCCUAUUGAUCCGAUGUGUCGAAAGAUGAUAGCAGCCGUAACUAUAUGUUUCCUCGCGUUCAUUAAUGCUUACGACAUAAAAUUCACAACGCGAGUGCAAAAUGUGUUUAUGUUUACAAAAAUUUCCGCGCUAUUCGUUAUCAUUAUUGCCGGCCUUGUUUGGAUCGGAAAAGGUGGUGUAGAGCACUUCCAGGAUGGAUGGGCAGGCACCAAGACAUCCGUAAGCGAUUGGUCCGUCGCGUUCUAUUCCGGAAUAUUCUCCUAUUCAGGCUGGAGUUAUCUUAACUUCAUGACUGAAGAGCUUAAAGAUCCAUUCGUGAAUUUGCCCCGAGCUAUUUACCUCUCCUUGCCGUUGGUGACAGCGAUAUAUCUACUAGCUAAUGUGUCAUACCUGGCUGUACUCGGCCCGGUCGGUGUACAAGCCACAGAGGCUAUUGCGGUGGACUUUGCAGUUUCAGCGCUGGGCUUCGUAAAGUGGGCGAUGCCGACGCUGGUAGCAAUAGCGGUGGUUGGCGGUCUGUCUGUCCACAUAAUGGCCUCGUCCCGGAUGUGUUUCGCUGGCGCUCGCAAUGGACAUAUGCCUGAACUCCUAGCACAUAUAAAUUUUAAGUGCAUGUCUCCAAUGCCCUCAUUAGUAUUUCAUAUGGUGAUGUCUGUGAUAAUGCUGAUACCAGACAAUCUCACGUCGCUGAUUACCUACUGCACUGUGGUGGAGUCAUUCUUCACAACGCUCAGCUGCAGCGCGGUGCUGUGGCUGCGGUACAAGAAACCACAUCUGCCCAGGCCUAUCAAGGUCCAGCUUUGGAUGCCCAGUUUGUUUGUGGCGGUGUGCGCGGUGUUGCUGGUGGUGCCUAUAGUCAGCGAGCCGGUGGCGGUGGUGGCCGGCGCUCUCAUGACGCUGGCCGGGGUUCCGGUGUACUUCGGACUAGUCAGGUCCAAGCCUGAGUGCGUCAGAGAUCUGUCAGUUAAAAUCACUCAUACUUGCCAAAAGUUGUUCCUAACAGCAGUAGAGGAAGCUGAAGAUUGAAAUUACCAUAAACAUUACACUUCUGUAACAGUAGUAUUCUCUAUUUUGAAUCUCGGCUUUUCAUAAUGGAUUUUUUUUUAUAGAUAAUAAUGGAAUUGUGCACCCGCCUGCGCUAAUAAUUUACGCUGGCAGGGCACUAGUGGUGGAUGAUAAAUUUAGUAUUAGGUUAUGUCAGUUAGUCCAUUGUAUUAAUUUCCCCUGGAUUUUAUCACGGUGGUUUCCAGAGGGAACGGCUUGGAGGAAAACCUGACAUGGUUUAUUGCUAACAAUGAGAUCGUUAGUCCACAUUACUAACAAUCCCUUCCCUGCUUACAAUGGUAUUAUAAAUCACAAAUUAUACUUUUUUAUAAUAUGUAUUGAAUAAGAAAUUUUAAUAAUGAAGUCUCAAUUACGGGGCAAUCGCCAGUGAACUGGUAUUGAAAAUAUUGUUAAUUAAUUACUUUGGUGCUGCUUUUUCAUACAAAAAAUGUUAUACUCAUAUUAACAAUAAUAAUUAAUUGUAAUAUAUGUGUAAUUUUGUACUUUUAUACAAUUUGUAUUAAGUAUAAUAUAUAAAGCUAAAGAUUGUACCAUGCCAAAAGUCAUGCAGAUCGCUUUUGUAAGUGUCAUAAUAAGAAACAAAUUGAAAUACUUAUAAUAAAUUAUGAUGUUUCCGUAAAUGUCGUUAUUUAAACAUCUUUA